CAUGAAGAAGAAGGAGGGGCUGGUGACAGCCAAAGUGAACCGCUCCCCCAGCAGUCACUGAACGGGAUCAAACGGAGACAUUACCGGACAGCUCGGUGGAAAUACAGUAGUAACGAUUUCUAACGAUCACUGUUCACGGGAGGCACGUUUUACAACUUUGACCCGCUCAGCUAACCGGUUGUUUACCGGCUGUUUACCGGUUGUUUACCGGCUGUAGUCCAAGUAACGUUAUCGUCGGUGCUGAUGGCCAACUGAGUGAACACUGUUGCUUCGAGUUUUAGCACAAGUAACGUUGACGUUAGCUACAAGGUUGUUGUGUAUCCAGCAAGCAGCAGCUGAGGUAAGCCCAGUGUUUACAGUCGUAUCGAGGAGCCCGGCGCUGCAGCGUUAGCCUGUCACCUUAUCGACAACUCGCCAGGUGGUCGGCUACUUAGUGACGAUGGGUGACAUUAACCCAUCGACAUCUCAUGCAUUUCAGUCGGAGGGCUUCAGUCCGCCGUACAGGAGGAGGAGAACAGUAGAGGAUUUUAACAAGUUUUGCACUUUUGUCUUGGCCUAUGCCGGCUACAUCCCUUACCCCCAAGAGGACUCUCCUCUGCGCAGUAGUUCCAGCCCCCCCAACAGUACAGGCAGCACAGCUGACAGUGAUGGCUGGACCCCAGGACCCCCAACCUCCUGCCCCCAGCGCCCUCCAAAGGUCCCCCAGGACAGGAACAGGAAGCGCCCACAGCCAGGAGCCCCGCUGUCCAGUCACACCAAGAAAGAUCACACAAUCACCACCCUGCACCCAGAUGACCGCAGGAAAGCUGACAAGCUGAAGAAGAAGAAAAGGAGAAAGGAAAGGGAGCAUUCAGCCGGGGAGGAAAGUGAGGUUCAGCAGGCCCACUCAACAGUCCCAGAGCUGCAGUACCCCGUCUCCUUUGGUGGCCGAACGAUCAAAGAAGAGCCAGAAGACGAUAUCAGCAUUCCCCUCCACCCCCAGCAUCUGCCUAGCCCCGCCCCCUGCAAGGAGGAGCCCAAGGAGGAGCGUCGACAUUGGGAUGGUCAAGACCUUGAAGAAGGGGUGGUAAAAGUACAGAAGGUGGAGGGCUUUUCAGGAAACAGGAAGGUGUUCCGCCAGGGGAAACAGGUGGUGUUCAGAGACGAAGAUGGCUCAGGAGAGGAUGAAGACAUCAUGGUAGACUCAGACGACGACUCGUGGGACCUGGUGACGUGUUUCUGCAUGAAGCCUUUUGCAGGCCGGGCCAUGAUCGAGUGUAACAAGUGUAACACCUGGAUCCACCUGUCGUGCGCGAAGAUCCGCAAGAGCCACGUGCCAGAGACAUAUGUGUGCCAGAGCUGCCGAGAGACACACGGAACGCCAGAUACCCGUCGCUCCCAUCGCUCACGUGUAGCCCCCAGCAAACACCUGCUAGACUGACCCCCAGGCCAAACCCUGAACUCUGAACCCCUUCCACUCCUGCUGCCCCUCCACCUGCUGGGCUGACCCUUCCUCAAAUUCAGGUCUUGCACCCGUCAGUCUCUGUCCUGCGUGGUCAGCCAAGAACCCACAUUUUGUAUAAACAUUUUGGUGGACCUAUCCCAAGCCUUUAUCCCAUUUGAAAACAGUUUGAGUGCUAUUUUAGAUUUACUAAGUUUUGUGUCUGCUUCCCUACAGACUUCGUGCGUAAGGCAAUCACUGAAUGGUCUGUAGAUGACAUUAGCAUUAGCAAACCUCUACUGUUGGGACUCGGUGUCUCGUGAACACUGGAAACGUUUGAACUGCCAUAUAAAGAGAACACAACUGCCACCCACUAUGGUGCAUGCUGGGAUUUGUGGGAAAGACAGUUUGCACUUUUCUCACUUUUGUAAAAAAAAAAAAAUCGAUCUGACCUUUCUGUUUUAGGGACAGAUAUGUCUUUCUGAUUAAACUGGAUUUGAUUUCUCUUAGAUGCCUCUAUUAAUGUUACACAAUUAACCGUUUAAAUGAGAAAACAUGAUACGCCUUGUGUUAAUUGCUUCAGAUGGUGCUAUAGUAUUAAGCUGAGGUAUAAUCCAAUAGAACAAAGAUGUAGGAUAAGAGAAUAGAGUCUGCAUCUGCUUCAUCUGUUUGUUGUUCUGUUUUGUCAUUUAAGACAUUGUGAAAAUAUCACUGAGGCUUUAAGCCUGUACAGCUGAACCAAGCGUUCAUUACUCUUCCUCCUACUUCACAAACUGUCUUCCAGCCUCGGCUACUCCUCUGAAUCAAGAUGUUACUUGGCGACAUGUGGAGCUUUCACACACUUUUCAAAAACGUUUAAACGUUGUUCUAAUUUUGCUUAUUUCAUUCUGUUUCUGCAGAGGUUUUUCAUAGUAAAUAACUUAUUUCACAGAUUUAAAAAGCCACAUAACUGUCAAGACUUAGAUAACAUGAGAGUUGUCAACUGGUUUUCAGUAAAUGUGUUUUCUGUUGCAUCCGGUCAGUGUUUUUGCUGCAUUUCAUGACAGGAUUGAACAGUGGUAUUGUUAACGAAUACUUACAUUUUCCAAACCAUUAUUUAAAUUUUCCUUUUUUCUUUCUGUUUCAGAACUGUUUCAAGCUCAUGAUAAAGUUUUCAGAGACAAAUUAUAUUUAUAGAAGGGAACUCCUAUAGCCGUCCUGUUUAAGUAUCAACAGAUAAAAAGCUAUCUUAACUGGAAUAGUGUUGUUGGAAAUAUUCUCUCAAGAGUCCAGUUUAAAUUAUGCAUGUGUGUGUGUUUGUUUGAAUGGAUAAAACUGAACGAGGGUGUUGGCAAUGCAUGUGCUGCUAUGAGUUGUCUCAGCUAAGCUCCACAGUUUUUGGUCUUUUGUAAGAUGGAGAAAUGGACAUCUGCAAAGUUUUUUUUUUUUGUCUCUGAAGGGUCAGAUCAGAAGAACAGAUCUCCGUCUCUUAUCACUUCUCACUAAUGUUUUCACAGCAGUAUUCAGUUGCUUCCAGAUAACGCAGGGUUUAAUGGAAAACAUGUUUUUGUUUUUUUUAGGGAACCUUUUCCAUAGAACUUGCAAUUUGGAUGAAAGAUUUUAAGCUUUGUUAUUCAUGUGCCAUCUGCUGUUGUUUCAGAUUAUAUAAAAGCCAUACUGUAGAGUGACAGAUUUUAGACUCAGAGCCUUGGAUAUUUAGUCCAGGAUGAGGUUUUCCAAUGCAGAAUCAAUGACUUGACCAGGGAACGACUAACACACACACAAAUGAAUGUUUGGUUUGUAAAGAACACAAGACUUUCCAAGAGUUUAAAGUGGUUAAGCUCAUCUCUGCACUCUUGUCUUCUGGUAUUUACAAAUGUUGGUUAACUGGUUCGUACCCAGUGAACACCCAGGUGAUGGUUUUUAAGAAGUUUCAAGACCUAAAAUCAUUUGCCGUUUCUCAGGACAUUCAUGUCUUGAAGAGAACCUGAAGACACCUUCAGGCACAAAUUUCCAGUUUUAGUCAGCGUCUUUAAGACAUUAGUGUAAUUAAUGUUAACAAAGCUCAUUGUGAUACAGCUCGAUCCUGGGUUGUCCUAUCCCCUUAUUGAGAAAGCGUUGUCUGUACUGUGGUGCAAACUGUUUCUGUGAAACUAUUGUAAACUAUUGUAAAUAAAGAGUUACCAUUUU